AUGGCGACUGGGAAACAGCAAAAGCGACUCUUCAUGACCGGCGCCAGUGGUUACAUCGGCUCCGUGGUCACAGAGCUUGCCGCAAUGGACGGCUACGAUGUACAUGCGCUCUCGAGGAGCGAGACAAGCGAUGAGAAGCUGCGCAGCCUCGGCGCCGUGCCCGUUCGCGGGGACAUCACCUCGCUUGACGUCCUGCGCCGUGAGAGCGCCGAGGCAGACACCGUUAUACACCUCGCAACCGCUUAUACGAUCGGCGUCGGCACGUACGAUGCGGUCAUGUCUGUUGACAUGGCCGCCGUAGAUGCCAUCGCCGACGGCUUAGCGGGCACCAACAAGCCGCUGGUAAUCACCUCAGGCACACUGUUAGCUGAGCCCGACCCUACAGGAGCCGAAACCACCGAGGCAUCACCGCCAUCGUCACACCCUAUCAGCGCUCGUAUCAAGACUGAGCAGCACUCGCUCGCGCUAGCCAGAAGAGGCAUCCGGGUUGUGGGCGUGCGGGUGGCGCCGUUCACUUAUGGCCGUGGCGGCAGCGGCGUCAAGCUGUUCAUGGGCAUGUCGGCACGAGCCGGCAACGUUACGUGCGUCAACGGCGGCAAGAACCACACCACUGUCGUGCAUGUUGAUGACGCCGCGCGUCUAUAUCUGCUAGCAGCGCAGAAGGGCAAGGCCGGUGAGCUGUUCAAUGCCAGUGGGUCCACCGACUUCACGGCGCGCCAGAUAUUCGACGCCAUAGCCGCGGCGCUAGAGGUACCAGUACGGGACAUCACGUAUGAGGACGCGCAGACGCAGGUGGGAGAGACGUUCGCGUGGUUCUUGUAG